AUGCCAAGUGCGCGUGGCUCAAAGUGUAAGGGCAAAGCUGCCAUCCCCAAGCUAGCUAGGGGAUUAGGCCUGAAUCCAUCUGGUUUGCCAGCUGCUGAUCAACUGAAUCUUAAUGCAGAACAACCCCAAAUGGUGCCAUUCGAUUUUGAUCCGUUGUCAUGCAUGGCACAUUUAGCCACCAGACUUUUCCUCAAGCCACCAAACAUUAAACAAGCUGACUCAACACAAGUUUUAAGAUGGCCUCCCAAAAGGAAGGGAGACAUGAAUCAUGAGACACACUUCAUGAAUCCACGGGCACACACCUGCCAAAACAUGUACAAACUUCACACUCAGUAUUUCGAGACCACAAGACCCUUAAGUAACAAGACACCAUAUGGACCGUCUGUAGGAGGGCAGCAAGAUGCACAGCAACAGCUUUUUGAGAAUGCUGAAGGCUCAUCAUUUGGUCACAUGCAAGGCCAAGCGCCUGCACAAGGGCACAUGCAAGGCCAAGCACUUGCACAUGAGCAGUUGCCAUAUGAUAACACCCAAGGCUCAUUAUAUUAUGGAGAUGGACAGGGUUUAAUACCAUAUGGAGAUGGAGAGGGUUCAAUGUCAUAUGAAGCAGGCCCAUCGUUGUUCAGUCACACACAGGGUUUGUCUUACGGAGAUGGAGGGGGUGAUUUGUAUGGAGAUGGAGAAGCAGGCCCAUCAUCGUUCAGUCACGCACAAGAUUCGUCUGGUCGAGACGAUCAUAACACAUUGCUAUACACAGAUGAAGAAGGUCACGACUUCUAUGACCACUUCCGGGAUAUCUCAUUCAACUCAGGUCCAUUGUUUGCUGAUUUCUCACCUGAUCACCCUGGACAAAUGGUACCUGUGCCUCAGUGGAUCGAGGAGGAAUCAGACAGAGGUACCAGUAUCACAGAUCAAGGCGGGGGGGGGGGGGGGGGCUGUCACCCCCAGCUUCAAAUUUGA